CAUGUGCAUGUCCCACUUUUACAACGAAUGAAAAAUCUCAAUAUUGCUGGAUAGAGACGCUUGGCGCACGCUUGUAUGUUAAGCUGUCUGAGGAAGAAUUCUACUAGUAUUAAAAUAUGGGAAAUCGAAGCACUAAAGCAUCAGCCGAUGUUUCGGAGACAGGAGGAGACCAACCCAAAAUGGCAAGUUCCCAAGGGCGAGCUUUGAGAAUCAAGGGAGUUGCAAGCGACUCUCCUUUAGAAGACGACACGUCUCUUGAUAUUGCUAACUUGAGAGAACAAAGGCUCAGACUUUCUUUAGAUGUAGAAGGGGAACAGUUACCAGCCAUUGGCGGGAAGCGUACUCCACGACUGCCACAAGUUCUACAAUCAGAACUUGCAAAACCAGCGCCUAUUGCAGCAAAAAGUUUUAAAAAGCCAAAAACACCAAAAGGAACUUUAAAAACACUUGAUAAACUAAGUGCAGAUAAUUCAAUUGCCUCUAACAUCAACUCAAACGGCUUGUUGAACAAAAAGCUUCAAGGUGUUUCAGAAGCGUCUCCUGUCUUGAAUUUUACGUAUGGAACAUUUUCGUUGGCAGGAUGGGAACCUGUACGCGAACUACGAGACGGUCAACAAGCAAGAAAGGAAAAUCAGGACGCAUUUUGUUGUUAUGAAAGGUUUGGUGGCCGUUCAGAGGAAGCUUUUUUUGGUGUCUUUGAUGGACACGGUGCUCGUGGGAGAGCUGUUGCUGAGUUUGUUAGAGAUAUCCUCCCAACAGUCCUUGAUUCACAACUGAAAGAUUUAUCAAAACUUUCUGACCAAGAAGACGCAAAGUCGACGGAAACAACUUUGUCGGAAGGACUAGACCCCAGUAUGGUCACUUGUACAGAGUUGAAAGGAAAACAUCAGUUGGAUAUCGUCAAGGCAGCUAUACAAGGUUUCAUAGACUGUUCAAAAAUAUUGAAUUCAUCGGACUCUAAUGUGGAUACUUUUAUGAGUGGCACAACGGCAGUCGUUGCAUGGCUAUACCAAACACUGUUGUUUUGUUGUAACUUGGGAGACUCAAGAUGUGUUAUUGGAAGGCAAUGCAGUCCACACUCUGUCUCCCGUAUGGCCAAAGAAAAAUAUAUGGCUGUGGAAAUGUCUUAUGACCAAAAGCCUAGUCGAACAGAUGAGACACAAAGAGUUGUAGCCGCUGGAGGAAGAGUUGCUUCAUGGCAGACUGGUAUCGGUCCUCUUAGGGUUUGGCUUGCAGAUGAGUGGAUUCCGGGUUUAGCAAUGACACGCUCUUUUGGAGAUUCUCUCUUGCAUAGUGUUGGGGUCUCGGAGAUCCCUGAAGUUACUUGUAUUCAGCUCUCUGAGAUGGAUAAAUUCUGUGUUCUUGCGUCGGACGGUGUUUGGGAAUUCAUGUCAUCGCAGGAAGUAGUAGAUUUUUUGGGAAAGUAUCGUCGGAAAUGCUCAGCUCAGGAAGCAGCCGAGUCUCUUGUUCAAGAGGCCGUAAAGAGAUGGAGAAAGAAUGAACUAGUAGUAGAUGAUGUGACAGCCAUCGUAAUCUGGUUAGAUUGUAAAGUUGCUAGUCCCAAUCCAGCGAAAUUGGAACCAAGUGCAGUUUCCGAUGUUGCUAGUGGCUACAAGAGUAGUUCCGUUGGCGGAUUUUGGCAUUCCUGGAAGAUUUGGUCUUCUCUUGGCACAGAUUCUACCAAAAGUAAUUGUUUUGGGUAUCAGCCUGUAUUGAUCGAAAAGAACGGUACUUUGAAGCCAUUUCUUCCGCAGAAUCACGAAGCUUGACAUUGUGUCUUUGAUGAAGAGAAAUUGAGGAUACCAUUAGUAUUGUUUAAGUAUACGAUAGAAACCGAAAUGGCCUUUGUACUAGCAUACAAUGCACAGUAUGUAUAUACUUGAGGCACGUAGAGAUAACUGUAUUGAUCAAUAUAAAAGCCUAUUUAUCCUAUUUUUUUU